UAAUAAUAAUAAUAAAAAGUUAAGCUGUUUUUUUUUUUUGUUGAUAAUGAUGAAAAUAUUCAAGAAAGACCUAGGAUUAUCAACUGAUCAUUUUUAUGAAAUUAGAGCUGGAUGCAACACAGAUGAUGUUUUUGAUACUAAAUUUAAAAUUAAGGCUGGGAAGACUCUAAGUGAGAAAAGGUGGCGUGCUGCGUUCAAAACUGGAGGUUCUCUUGAUAUAGGCAAGUGCCUUAACAGAAUCUAUCAUGGAGGGAUUCAUCCAUCGAUUAGAGGAGAAGUGUGGGAGUUUUUGCUAGGUUGUUAUGAUCCUAAAAGCACAUUCGAUGAACGAGAAGAAAUACGACAUAGACGAAGAGAGCAAUACGCUGAGCUGAAAAGAUCAUGCAGUAACAUGUUUCCUGUUGUUGGAAGCGGAAAGUUCGUCACUGCUCGUGUUAUUGCAGCAAAUGGUGAUCCAAUUCAAGAUCCCAUUGUACUUUUAGGGACAAAUCUUGAAAGUAUUCCCCCACAAUCACAAGAAAGUGUUAGUCUGAAUCAAGCCACAUUGGUUAAUCGGGAGCAUGAUAAGGAAAUAAUACAAUGGAAGCUUGCUCUACAUCAAAUAGGUCUUGAUGUAGUUCGCACGGACAGGACACUAAUGUUUUACGAGAAACAAGAUAAUCUGGCAAAACUUUGGGAUGUUCUUGCUGUCUAUGCUUGGCAUGAUAAAGAUGUUGGUUAUGGGCAAGGGAUGAGUGAUAUAUGCUCCCCGAUGAUUAUGCUUUAUGAAAAUGAAGCAGAUGCAUUUUGGUGCUUUGAACGUGUAAUGCGCAGACUGCGAGGUAAUUUCAGGUGCACGGGCAACUCUGUGGGGGUUGAGGCUCAACUUGAUAACUUGGCUAAUGUUACUCGAGCUGUUAAUCCUAAACUUCACCUUCAUUUAGAGCACCUUGGUGGAGGCGGUUAUCUAUUUGCAUUCCGGAUGCUUAUGGUAUUGUUCAGGCGAGAAUUAGCUUUUGGAGAUGCAUUGUACUUGUGGGAGAUGAUGUGGGCUUUGGAGUAUAAUCCCGAGCAGUUUGCAUUAUAUGAGGGAGGUGAAACCCACAAGAAAUCUGAUGUAACACGAAAAUUCAGACGCCAAUAUGGCAAGUACGCAAGAGCAAAUAGAAAAAAUAAGUCACGGGCCAGAGGCAAGCCUGAAACUGGCGCCCCACUUCCCUUUUCUAUUUUUCUUGUAGCAAGUGUCCUCAAGGACAGGAGUGACAAGUUAUUAAAAGAAGCCAGGGGGCUGGACGACGUUGUAAAGAUAUUGAACGACAUUUCUGGCCAUAUGGAUGCAAAAAAAGUUUGCAUAGGGGCAAUGAAGAUUCACAAGAAGUAUCUAAAAAGGAAAUAAAGCCAUAACAUUUAGUGAGCGGGCUUUCAAGGCUUAUUUUGAUCAGUGAGUUUGAGUUUUGAUGACCAUUUUCGGAUUUAGAAAUCAAGCAACAGAGUGUUGGGCCAGUAUGUGGUGUGGUGUAUUGAUGGUCAUUGACCUUGUGACUUUUAUAUACAAAGUGAACAACAGGUUUCUUUUUCUUACUGCAAGUGUUGUAUACCACUGUAAUGAGAUUUGUGGAACUAAUCCUGCAUUAUGAUACCAUUAGUUAUAAUGUAAUCUAUACAAAUUUUAGAAUAAUAGAAUUACAGGAUUUUUUUAA